AUGAUGUGUAUCCCAUGUUUUUGUGACGCCUACUUAUUUAAGGAUAGUGAACGCUUCGAAGAGACUUACUUGACACUUGUGAUGGCUUCUCUUCCAGUUUUGAUUGUUCUAGAACAGGCCCACGUAUCCCCACCACCAGCCACCGUAGGGGACAGGUCUUUGCCCCUGUCUUUUUUCGACAUUGCAUGGCUGCCGCAGCCACCUGUUCACUUUCUUUUCUUCUAUGAGUUCCCACUCUCUAAAGCACAGUUUGUCGAAACAGUUGUCCCCACUCUAAAAACCUCGUUAUCCACAAGUCUUCAACAUUUUUAUCCUUUUGCGGGAAACUUGAUCAUAUACCCUUCUUGUACCAACAACCCGGAAAUCCGUCACCAAGAAGGUGACGCUGUGAACAUCAUGAUUGCAGAGAGUUCUCUAGAUUUCAAAGAUCUAGUGGGAAAUCAUCCUCGAGAUUGUGAGAAGUUUUAUCCACUUAUACCUCAACUUGGACACGCUGUAAAAGUGUUUGAUUAUACUACAAUCCCAGUGUUCUCCAUUCAGGUGACUCUUUUCCCUAAUUGUGGUGUCUCGAUAGGAAUGACAAAUCAUCAUUGCCUUGGAGAUGCAAGCACUCGGAUGUGUUUUCUAAAUGCGUGGACUUCGAUUGCAAGAUCUGGUUCAGGUGAGUCAUUUCUAUCAAAUGGAACAUUGCCCUUCUAUGAUAGAGUGAUCAAACAUCCGGCCUUAGAUGAAAUCUAUCUAAAGCAAGCAAAAGUUGAAACUUUUGGUGAAGACUAUAAACCUCCAUGCCUUUCUGGACCAAGUGAUAAAGUUCGGGCCACUUUUAUGCUGACAAGAUCCAUCGUGAAUCAAAUGAAGAAAUGGGUAUCAACCCAACUACCGACAUUGCCCCACGUAUCAUCUUUUAUAGUUGUAUGUGCUUAUAUCUGGAGUUCCAUUGCCAAAUUACGAAAUGAUGAGUUAGAAUUAUUUGGAUUCGUCAUUGAUUGUAGAGCACGUUUGGUUCCGGAGAUUCCUUCUGCCUACUUUGGCAACUGUCUCGUACCAUGUAUGAAGAUGGCAAAAACAAAUCUUUUAACUGAAAAAGAAGGAUUUGUGACUGCUGCUAAAUUACUUGGAGAGAAGUUGUAUGAAAUGUUGAAUGAUAAGGAUGGAAUCAUGAAAGAUGCGAAGACUUGGUUCGACUUUUCCUUUGAAGAAAUGCCAACAACAAUUAUCGGGGUAUCUGGAACACCAAGACUUCAGUUUUAUGACACCGAUUUUGGAUGGGGAAAGCCGAAAAAACAUGAAACAAUUUCGAAUGAUUAUAGUGGAUCAUUUUCUAUGAACGCCAGUAAAGAAUCCAGUGAUGAUCUGGAGAUUGGUGUUAGCCUUCCAGCUAUUGAGAUGGAUGCUUUUAUUCCCAUCUUUAAUGCUGGAUUAGAAAAUUACAUUUAG